AUGGGCAUUCCAGCUGCGUUCAGAUGGCUAUCGAACAAGUACCCGAAAAUCAUCUCGCCUGUAGUGGAGGAUCAGCCGCUACAAAUCGAAGACGGGACGACCAUUCCGGUAGACACCACCGGUCCCAAUCCAAAUGGAGAAGAACUGGACAAUCUCUACCUUGACAUGAACGGUAUCGUUCACCCUUGCUCGCAUCCAGAGGAUCGCCCUGCCCCCAAGGAUGAGGAGGAGAUGAUGCUCGAGGUUUUCAAGUACACCGAUCGAGUAGUGAACAUGGUCAGGCCACGGAAACUACUCAUGAUCGCUGUUGACGGUGUUGCGCCACGAGCAAAGAUGAACCAACAGCGAUCGCGUCGAUUUCGCUCUGCACAAGAAGCCCAAGAGAAAGAGGUCGACAAGCAGGAGCUUCUCAAGCUUCUCAAACAACAAAAUGGCGGCAUUUUGCCACCUGAGACCCUUGAAAGCAUGAACAAGAAGGCUUUUGAUUCAAACUCGAUCACACCUGGCACCCCCUUCAUGGAUACACUUGCAACCAGUCUGCGUUAUUGGUGCGCAUACAAGCUCAAUACUGAUCCUGCUUGGGCUCGACUCAAAAUCAUCAUCUCCGACGCUACAGUUCCAGGCGAAGGAGAGCACAAGAUCAUGAACUACGUCCGCUCUCAAAGAGGCUCGCCAGACUACGACCCCAAUACCCGGCAUGUCAUCUAUGGCCUGGACGCCGACCUGAUCAUGCUGGGUCUUGCUACCCAUGAGCCACAUUUCCGCGUACUGCGAGAGGAUGUUUUCGCACAAGAUGCCAAGGCCAAGAUGUGCAAAAUAUGCGGUCAAAAAGGACACGAUGCGCGCGUUUGCAAAGGCGAGGCCAAAGAAAAAGACGGCGAAUAUGACGAGCAAGACAAGGCUGUAGCCUUGAAGCCUUUCAUAUGGCUUCACGUAUCCAUAUUUCGAGAGUACCUCGCUAUUGAGCUUGAUGUACCUGACUUGCCGUUUCGAUUCGAUCUCGAGCGCGCAAUAGACGACUGGGUAUUCAUGUGCUGCUUCGUGGGCAAUGACUUUUUACCACAUCUGCCGGCCCUAGAAAUCCGAGAGAAUGGUAUAGACGCAUUAACAACCAUCUGGAAAGAAAAUCUGCCUCAUAUGGGUGGCUACGUUACCAAGGACGGCCACAUCGAUCUGAAGAGGGUACAGCUCAUCAUGGACGGCUUGGCGAAGCAGGAGGACGCCAUUUUCAAGCGGAGAAAAGAGCAGGAAGAUCGCCGAGAAGCCAACGCCAAGCGGAGAAAGCUGCAGGACGAGCGGAGUGGCAGAGGGGGCCGUGCCGACGCCAGCGGGCGCGGGCGCGGCAAACCACCUAUGGACAACGCAUCCUCCGGGCUGGCCUUAUUUCCUGUCUCUGGCUUCCCCAAUGCUGACCCCAGCGCUGUGACACAUGACAUGGUUGUUGGGCGCUCGUCGAACGCCAACAUCAACGCGAAUGCCGCCAACAAAAGCGCCGCCAAUGUCAUCAGGGAUCGAAUCCAAGCAUCGGGAGCCCAGGGCAAAUCGGCAAAUGGUGACGCAACAACCCAUCCAAAAGUCCAAGUACCUGCUGUAGCCGAAGAAGGUGCAGCCGCAGCAAGCUCUGUUGUGAAACGCAAGGCGGAUGUUCUGGACGGCCCAUCGCAAUUAACACCCAAUACCGGACCGUCCGCCGCGGAAGAGGCUGCGAUAGAUCACGUUCGAAUGUGGGAAGAAGGUUACGCAGACCGCUACUAUGAGCAAAAGUUCCACGUCGAUCGUAAUGACGUCGCCUUUCGCCAUAAGGUCGCACAAGCCUAUGUUGAGGGGCUUUGCUGGGUGCUUCUCUAUUACUAUCAAGGCUGCCCGUCUUGGGAUUGGUACUAUCCCUACCACUAUGCGCCAUUUGCGGCUGAUUUUGCCGACUUGGACAAGAUCGAGAUUAGCUUCGAGAAGGGGCGAAUCUCGAAGCCUUUUGAACAACUCAUGAGUGUUAUGCCAGCUGCAUCUCGCCGUGCACUUCCAGAGGUCUUUCAUGAUCUCAUGCUCAACGAGGACAGCGAGGUCAUAGACUUCUACCCCCAAGAGUUCGAGAUUGACCUCAAUGGCAAAAAGUUUGCUUGGCAAGGUGUUGCUUUGCUUCCUUUCAUCGACAUGCCGCGGCUUUUGGCAGCAGUCGAAAAGAAGUAUCCCUUGCUCAGCCCCGAGGAUGCUGCGCGUAAUGGAAUUGGUAGGGACGUUUUGUUGCUGUCCGACGCGCAUCACGAGCUUUAUGAAGACAUCACGAGUCAUUUCUACUCCAAGAAGCAAGGCGCCCACACCUUCGGGUUGAAUCCUCGGACCAGUGAAGGCAUGACCGGCCAAGUUGAGAAGAUCGCCGACUAUCUGCCGCACGGGUCCUUGGAGUAUCCUUUAGACAGGAAGUCAAUGCCCAGCCUGGACUACGACCGAUCCCUCAGGUACGUUUGA